AUGUCUGAUCUUCCUAAUUUUUUCCGUUACCGGAAAACAAUAAUGAAGGAGGAAGUAAAGAAAAUUGUUACAAUUUCUAAUCAAAAGCUGUGGUUCACAACGACAAUGAUGCUUGUAACCCUGCCAUUCUCUAAUGGGAUUAAUGCUGCAGGCGGGUCACAUGAGCGGGUUCCAGCAAUGUUUGUGUUCGGAGAUUCCUUGGUUGAUGUUGGUAACAACAACUUCCUAAGCUCCAUAGCAAAAGCCAAUUACUUUCCUUAUGGUUGUGACUUCAAAAGUGGCCCUACUGGGAGAUUCACUAAUGGCGAAACCUUUGUUGAUAUGCUAGGCAGGUUGUUGGGUAUUCCAUAUCUCCCGGCCUUUGCAGAUUCCAACACGCGGAAUGGAACUAGAAUACUUACUGGAGUGAACUAUGCUUCAGCAGCUGCUGGCAUCCUUGAUGAGUCCGGCCAGCACUACGGAGAGCGGUACAGCCUGAGCCAACAAGUGCUGAACUUUGAGACCACAUUAAAUCAAUUAAGAACGAUGAUGAAUGGGACGAGCCUGAGCCAACACCUAGCUAAAUCCAUAGCCAUUCUGGUAUUUGGAAGCAACGACUACAUCAACAACUACCUCAUGCCAUCUAUGUAUCCAUCCAGCUACAAUUAUAACCCUCCUGAUUUUGCAAACCUUCUCCUCAACCGCUAUGCCCGUCAACUUCUGGCGCUGCACAGUGUAGGGUUAAGGAAGUUUGUACUAGCAGGAGUUGGACCGCUUGGCUGCAUCCCUAACCAGAGAGCCACAGGUCAAGCCCUGCCGGGAAGGUGCGUGGACAAUGUCAAUCAGAUUCUUGGUACCUUUAAUGAGGGGCUCAAAUCGCUGGUCACGCAGCUCAACGGCAACCACCCCGGCGCUGUUUUUGUCUAUGGCAACACUUACGCUGCUAUUGGUGACAUCCUAAAUAACCCUGCCUCUUAUGGGUUCAGCGUGAUUGAUAGAGGUUGCUGCGGAAUUGGACAGGGACAAAUAACGUGUCUGCCAUUUCAACUUCCAUGCCUAAACAGGAGCCAGUAUAUGUUUUGGGACGCCUUCCAUCCCACAGAAGUUGCAAAUGCCAUUCUUGCUUGGCGAGCUUUCUCCGGCCCACCCUCCGAUUGUUACCCCAUCAACAUCCAACAACUGUCACUCAUCUGA